UGGUAUUUAACAUGACAAUCUUCACUGUCAACUAACAUAAGUCGUUGGCUGUGUGCGUGAUUUUUUAUGGUCUUCUUAAACUGUAACUAUAAGCUUCUUUGAAACAUAAGAAGCAACCCUAUGAUGGCUUUCUCAAAUGAAUUUGGAACCAGUUAUUUUGGCGGCGAGCGGGAACCACUUCUACAGCUUCACGCGAUAGUUGCGGAGGUAAAAUUUAAAAACCUGAUACCAGAACGAACUUUUUACAAGACUCAAUAUCGAAGUCGCGGGAAAACGAUGCAAUUGGUUUUGAAAGAAGACUCCAUCGUAGAGAUGGAAGCUAUAACAGACGGUCAACUUAUAAAAAUUGUCGGCUGGGUUAGAAGAGAAGUGUCGGCGGCAAGAAAAAUGAACGAUGAUAAUGGCGAGGUGCCAAUUCGAAAUGAAGACACAAAUGAAGUUUUAAAUCUUCUGUGCAACGCAAAUCCACCCAAUCCAUGUGCACAUAGUAACGCAGUCAGUCAACCUUUUUCUGUCAAUCUUCACCCCAUUUAUAAAGGAAACAAUCCAGAUAAGCCAGUGUUUGAAUUAAGUCGUAAUGACAAGGAUCGAUCGCUAAAUUUGUUCCAGCUUAUAAUUCAGUUGGAAUUUAUUGAUGGUUCACAAAGUGAGAAAUUCGUUAGUCCUGCAUUCAGGCUCCAAACAAAGCCAGGAAUUAAACAAGCACCCUCGCCGCCAAGACCAAAAAGACCACGGUCUAACUCUUCGAGCCCUGACACAGUCAUAUCUGUUCGUAACGGAGUAACUGACGGCAGUUUCGAAAAUCGUGAAGGUAAUAUCACGUUCAAUUGCUCAUUACCAUCUGCUAGGAGAAAAUUGAAUUAUUAAAAUCUUGCAAGAAUUUCUCUACAGCUUAUAUUUGUCGCUUUUAAAACAUGCUACUUACAAAUCUUUUCAUGAAAGUUAUUUUUAUCAAAAUUAGAAGGAAAUGUUUCCGCCAUUCCUUAGUGUCAACGUCUUUUAGUGUCGUUUUGUACAGCUUUACUAUCAAAUAAAAGUUAUUGACUUGUUCGAA